UGCUUGACCCAUUUUACAGAAGACGUUGAGAGAAAGUGUGAGUUGUAUCCGAGUCGUGAUUAUUGUUUAGUAGAUUGAGCUGCAGCCAUGGUGAGAGAAAAGGCUCACGUUAACGUCGUCAUCAUCGGCCAUGUUGACAGCGGCAAAUCCACCACCACUGGACACCUGGUCUACAAGUGUGGCGGUGUGGACCAGCGGAAACUGGAGAAGUUUGAGAAAGCUGCAGCCCAGAUGGGGAAGAGUUCCUUCAAGUUCGCCUGGCUGCUGGACAAGCUGAAGGCUGAGCGGGAGCGGGGAAUCACCAUCGACAUCUCUUUGCUGAAGUUUAACACCCAGAAAUACAGCAUGACCAUCAUUGACGCACCUGGACACAGAGACUUCAUCAAAAACAUGAUCACUGGCACAUCCCAGGCUGAUGUUGCCCUGCUGGUCGUCUCCGCAGCCAAAGGGGAAUAUGAAGCGGGUGUUUCCAGGAGUGGCCAGACCAGAGAGCAUGCCUUACUGGCUUACACUCUGGGCGUCAAGCAGAUCAUAGUGUGUGUGAACAAAAUGGACCUCACGGAGCCGCCGUACAGCCAGAAACGCUACGACGAAGUGGUCCGAGGAGUGAAGGUCUUCCUCAAGAAGAUCGGCUACGACACCAACGCCGUGCCGUUUGUUCCGAUCUCUGGCUGGAUAGGCGAAAACAUGAUCACACCAACACAAAAGAUGCCGUGGUACCAAGGCUGGAAGGUCCGACUGAGGGAAGGUGCUGAAAGCGGAAAGACUCUUCUAGAAGUUCUGGACUCGAUCAAACCUCCAGUGCGAACAAUCAACAAACCACUACGGCUCCCUCUGCAAGACGUCUACAAAAUUGGAGGUGUUGGGACAGUUCCAGUGGGAAAGAUUGAAACUGGAGUCCUCAAACCAGGCAUGACCUUGAUGUUCUCCCCUGCCAAGCUCACUGCAGAAGUGAAAUCCAUAGAAAUGCACCACCAGGGUCUGGAUACGGCUCUGCCAGGGCACAAUGUUGGCUUCAACAUCAAGAGCGUCUCUGUAAAGAACCUGCAGCGUGGAGACGUGGCCGGCAACGCCCAGCACGACCCUCCUUCUGACGUCCGCAGCUUCGAAGCUCAGGUAAUCAUCCUGAAUCAUCCAGGGAAGAUAAAAAUGGGCUACUCUCCGGUCCUGGACUGCCACACCGCUCACGUCACCUGCCGAUUUGCUGAGCUGAAGGAGAAACUUGACCGCCAAACAGGGAAGAAACUGGAGGACAACCCGCAGCUGCUGCAGUCUGGAGAUGCAGCUACAGUCAAACUGGUUCCCAUUAAGCCCAUGUGUGUGGAGAGCUUCUUCACAUACCCUCCUUUAGGUCGCUUUGCAGCAAGAGACUUGAAGCAGACAGUUGCAGUGGGAGUGAUAAAGUCUGUGGAAAAGGAGAAAGGGUCAAAAGCUUCCCAGAAAACACAACCAUCUAAAUGAGCUGGUUUUAGCUUGCAUGUUUUCUAAUGCUACAAAACAGCCUUUUUAUUUGGAGAAAGGUGACAUUUGUGUUGCAACAAAUGUUCAGUUUCUUUAAGUUAUGACAUUCCUGUGUUUAUAUUGAUUCCAAAGUUGUAGAAUUGUACAUUUUCCUUUAAGCUUAUUGGAAGCCAAGUUUUGGAAAAGUUGGAUGAAUCUUAAUUAAAAAAUAUUUGAGUUCAA